GCAACCCUUCUUCUCAAACAUUCCAAUACACCUCCGCGUCACCAUUUCCAAAUUCACAAUCAAAAUCUAGGGUUUUGGGAUUUUCGAAGAUGAGUUCUACUGGAGCAUCAACCAAAGGAGGGAGAGGGAAGCCGAAGUCAUCGAAGUCGGUGUCGAGGUCGCAGAAGGCUGGGCUUCAGUUCCCCGUGGGGAGGAUCGCGAGGUUCUUGAAGGCUGGGAAGUACGCCGAGCGUGUCGGCGCUGGAGCUCCAGUCUAUCUCUCUGCUGUGCUUGAGUACCUCGCUGCUGAGGUUCUAGAGCUUGCUGGUAACGCAGCGAGAGACAACAAGAAGAAUCGAAUUGUUCCAAGACACAUCCAACUAGCAGUGAGGAAUGAUGAGGAGCUAAGCAAGCUUUUGGGUUCGGUUACCAUUGCAAAUGGAGGUGUUUUGCCCAACAUUCACCAAACCCUUCUUCCAAAGAAAAUGGGAAAGGGCAAGGGUGAUAUUGGAUCUGCUUCUCAGGAGUUUUAGGCCUUUUUUUCUUGGUCCCUUUUUUGUUUUUGGGGCUUUUUUUUGAACAGUUGUAUAAUAUAGGAUGGUUUAGUUUUAGGGUUCUUCGAUUUUGGGGUUUUGAGCUCUUUUAUGGUAUCUUUUUGAGCAAAGCAGUAAUGUAUCAAGUUAAUUUUAUUGAAUUUACAUGGUUCUUUUUUCC